AUGCCUUCUGUAGGCCCAGAAUUACCGCCCCAUCUUCAAAAGCGCAAGCGCUCAAUCAACGACUCUGAACCACCUAAUUCCCCACCACGCAAAGUACAAGCGGCACCACCACCACGAGUCCUUGGUCCCUCCCUACCACCUUCAACGAAUCCAGAUGAGGUCAAUAUAGAAAGUAGCGACGAUGACUAUGGCCCAUCAGUUCUCCCUUUUAAAUCCAAAACCAAACCAUCACAGUCCCCACCGCGAAGAGUAUUAGGACCUUCUGCACCACCCAAAUCUACCUCUCCUCCGCGCAUCGCAGGCCCUUCUCUUCCUCCCCCAAACCCGGAGGAACUCGAAAUCGAAACUUCAGAUGACGACUCCUAUUAUCCUUCGAUUCCCAAUCCACGAAAGUCCUCCCCGCCACCAAAGCGCGUUCUAGGGCCCGCUGCUCCACCUGCAUCUAUUUCCGAACGUCCUUCAUACCCUCCCAAUUCUGAUUCCGACAGUGACUCUGACUACGGCCCAGCUCUUCCCCCCGCAGAGGGUAGUGCUGCCGCUAUUGCGCUCGAAUCACAGCGUGCCCGCGAAGCUCAGGCUGCUGUUGCUAAAUUAAAUGAACCCGUAAAACCUCAACGUCCAGACUGGAUGCUCGCUCCUCCCACUUCCUCCGACUGGACCUCCAAAAUUGAUCCUACCAAGCUAAAGGCACGCAAAUUUGCCGGAGGUAAAGGUGCUAAAGCGCCCGCUGAGAAAACCGGCGUAUCUGCUAUCUGGACUGAAACUCCUGAAGAAAAGCGUCAACGAGUCGAAGAUGCGGUUCUAGGCCGUCAGGACUAUGCAGCUUCUACUAGUAGUGGACCUGCACGUACAAAAGCUGAGAGUAGGGCAGAUGAAGAGACGGAUAAGAGGAUCAGGGAGUACAAUGCUAAGAAUCGUGGGAAAUCAUUAUAUGAAGCGCAUGCGGAUGGGAGCGUGGUAGGAGGAAAGGGGAAGAAGGAAGAAGAGGACGAUCCGAGUAAGAGGGCUUUUGAUAGGGAGAAGGACAUGGCAUUGGGGGGACGAUUGGGGCAUGCGAAGAAAAAGGAGUUGUUGAAUCGGGCGGCAGAUUUUGGGAGUCGAUUUCAGAAAGGGAGCUAUUUGUGA